GCGAAAGAACCCCCAAAACCCAAAACCCAAAACGACAAUGAUGACGAAGAAGAUGGUGAAGUGAAAGUUGUCGUUCAUCGUGCGUCGUUGGUUGAGCUUAAAGAACUCUCUAAUCUCUGUUAUUUGGGUGGCUUUGUGGAUUUGUUCGUGAAAAGAAUUCAGAUUGUAUGGUGCUUUCAGAGUUAUCGAGGGAUUGGAAUUUCUUGUUGUAGUUUUUGUUUUUCGACUGGACUCUUCCUUUUCCUCUACUUAAAAAAGUUUGUUUCAUUCAAAAAAAAAAAAAAAUGGAUGGAAGAGAGAAAACGUUGGAGCCUUUCAUGUGGGCGAGGACUAUACUGAAAUUGGAUAUGGAUGGAAUCAAGAGCAGCAAUAUCAACAACAAACUUCAUUAACAAUAAAAAAGAAAGAAAAUGGAGUUUUUAGGGUGGGGAUCAAGACCCCUAAUUGAGUUCUUGGAGUCCAUCGGUAGAGACACCAGCCAGCCCAUCUCUCAGUUCGACAUUACCGCUAUUGUGGAUGAGUAUAUAAAUAAAAAUCUUCUCCAGCCAACAACCACAAAUAAUAAUCACUAUAAUCUUCUGAACAUGGUUAAGAAUAAGGAAAAUAUGAAGAAGAAAAAGAGGGUCGUAUGUGAUGAGAGGUUGCGAGCCCUUUUUGGCAAAAAAUCAUUUAGUCGAGUAAUGAUUUACAAGUUGCUAGAACCCCACUUGGCUGCAGACAAUGAACAAGGUGAUUCUGAAGACGGCUACCUUUCAUGGGGCAAUGAAGAAGGAGUAGAAGCUAAAGGACAACAGGAAAAACACAAGAGAUUGGUUGUUGAAACGUGUAAUGCUAAUCCUACACCUAAAAGUUGCUUUGCUGCUGUAAUUCCCGAAAACAUAAAGCUCAUUUAUCUGAAGAGGAGUAUAAUUCAGAAUAUUUUGAAGCAGGAAGUUGACCCUAAAACCAUUGAAACCAAAAUAGUGGGAAGCUUUGUGAGGACCAAGUCUGAUCCUAAUGACUAUCGUCAGAAACACUCUCACAACCUCCUCCUAGUUGCAGGUGUGAAGAUCUCUUCUGGGACUGGUGGUAGUAAAUAUUCUGAGAUUCUACUUCAAGUUUCCGGCGUGAUAAAGGACGUCCCUAUUUGCAUGCUUUCUGAUGAAGAUUUCUCUAAGGAAGAAUGUGAGGAUUUGCGUCAAAGAGUAAACAAUGGUAUGCUCAAAAGACCUAAAAUG